AUGGAUCACAUGAACGAAAGUGCCUCUGUGGCUGUUAAUCAUCAACAUUUCAAUGGCAAAUUCAGCAGCUCGAGUGCUACGACCUUUUGCAUUUAUAUUCUCUUAAUCGGAUACUGCACAGCGCCGUACGCUGGGUAUCGAUCCAUUUUUGAGCCUGCGUUCCUUGUACGCCUACGCUUCUCAAAGGGUGCACAACCUCAGAUCAACGAGGGCUAUCGCAAGUUCAAGGAUGCCAUCUUCAGACUCUCACGCAAUGACCGAGAUUUGGUAGUCAUACCCAACAAAUAUGUUGACGAGCUGCGCAAUCUUUCGCACGAAAAGCUUAACUCCGUCGAGGCACUGAUCGCGAACAUAUGUGGGCCUUAUACUGCCUCGGAGAUUAUGCUCGAGGGAAAUUUGCAUACGCAUCUCCUUCAGACCAAACUGACACCUAAUCUCGCCGCAUAUUCUGCAUUGAUGAAGGAAGAAGCAGACCAGGCUAUGGAUACGCUCAUUCCGGAGUGUAAAGACGAGUGGAUCCAAGUCCGCAUCUACGAAGUUCUCGCUUUCAUCAUUGCGAGAAUCUCAAACCGUGUAUUCCUCGGUGAGCACGAUGGCCGCAACGAAGAGUGGUUUCAUGCUUCUAUGGGUUACGCUCGAGAAGUGGCUUUUACAGUCAUGGUCAUGCGUUGUUUCCCUCCAUGGAUGCGGCCCGCUGUUGCAAUGUGUCUGCCAUCGAGCUGGAGACUACAUGCUCAUAUGCGCCAGGCAAGAAAGGCGCUGCUUCCCAUCAUCUCCCGCCGUCGUCAAGCGCAGUGUGAUCCAGACUACGUCAAGCCAAACGACUUCCUGCAGUGGAUGAUGGAUAAUGGCGUUGGAGACGAACAACGGCCGGAAAAGUUGGCCCAACGGCAGCUUAUCCUCAUCCUGGCGUCAGUGGAUACAACAACAAGGGCUGGUGCGCAUGCCAUCUACGACAUGUGCGCUAGACCCGAGUACUUUGAUCCAUUGAGAGAAGAGGUUGAGACAGUGCUUAGAGAGGAUGGAGGCUGGGGAAAGCCAACUCUUACCAGAAUGCGCAAGAUGGACAGCUUCCUGAAAGAGUCCCAGCGACUAAGCCCAGCUAGUCUAUUAAGCUUCCAUCGAAUCGUAAAAACCCCAAUCACUCUCUCCGACGGUACACAGUUGCCGCAAGGCACACACAUCUGCCUUGCCUCGGAAGCAACGUCCAAAGAUCCAUCUCUCAUCCUUAAUGCUGAUACCUUUGACGGAUUUCGCUACUACAACAUGAGACAGAUCCUAGGACAGGAGCACAAACAUCAGUUUGCAACGACGGACAAGAAUCACUUGCAUUUUGGCCAUGGAAAAUAUGCUUGCCCUGGGCGCUUCUUCGCAUCUAAUGAGCUCAAGGUUGUGCUCGCUAGUCUUAUCACUAGAUACGACAUGAAGUAUCCGGAGGGUGUGACUAGACCUGCAAAUCUGAACGCAGAUGAGUUUCUGUACUCGGAUCCUUCCACAACUGUGCUGCUUAGGCGCAGGAAGUAA